CUAAUAUCUUAUAGAGGUGGUGCUGAACUGCUCUUCAAUGGAGUGAAGGAGCAACAUGUCACAUUGCCCACUCAGUCAACACCAUGGGAUAUUCGGCAGCUUCUGAUGUGGAUUAAAAACAACUUGCUGAAAGAGCGGCCGGAGCUUUUCAUUCAAGGUGAUUCUGUGAGACCCGGUAUCCUAGUUCUGGUCAAUGAUGCCGACUGGGAACUAAUGGGCCAGUUGGAUUAUAAACUGGAGAACCGAGACAUCAUCGUUUUUAUAUCAACGUUGCACGGCGGUUAACGAAACAGUUUGAUAUUUUAAAAAUAAAAACAAAAGGAAGCGACCAAAAGAUUUUCUGUAACGCCAUUUAACCGUGCGUCAAAGCGAUGGCAACAUUAUUCCCGGGUUUAUUCGGAUCGCCUGUUUGUAAUAUACAAGCUGUUUGACCCGCAGUGCAUUAGGAUUACAAAUGAGACUGAGAACAUCAGUGUUUAUGUAAAGAUGGUGAACUGUAAAAUAAAAUAAGCUCCCCUGAUCCUUGAAAUCCUUAAUCCCUAUUUAAAAGCAAGUAAUUGUGAUAUAUUACGUUGACAGUAAUGUUACAGGUUUUAACAUCAAUGCAUUAAGCCUGAAAUUUCCGCUCGUUUCAAACGAUUCUUUUUUUGUGUGAACGACUAUAAUUUUCCUCAAAGUAAAUUGACAUGAAAUCAUG